UAUCGCAUACCACACAGAGAGCAAAAUCACACACUUGCAGAUCUCCGAGUGAAAGGGGCACGGAAGAGUGCUGCAUCUCAUGAGCUGGGGGUGGGUGUUGCAGUACCUUGAUCAAGGGCACCAUGUCAGUAACCAGGAAAUAAACUACCAUCUCUUUAGCAACUAAUAGCAUUUUUCUUUUUUUCCAAAGCUAGACUUUAACCACCACCUCCCAGUUCUAAAGCUUGAGUCCUGACAUAAGUGAUACAUUAACAAGUGCCUGCUAUCUGGCAUGUGGUGUACAUGACAACCCUUCUCAUUUUAUUGAGACGACAUAGGAUUAAAAGCCAAUAUCCAUGCAGACAUUGUGCCCCCCACCCCUUUUGUUGUUUCUGUUCCUCGGUCAUUGCUUUAUUUUAAACUAUUCAAGGACACUGCCAUAUGCAUUUUCUGAUUUAGACCAUCCUUUACCUAAUUAUCUGCAAAAUCAAAUAAUAAAGUGGUCCUGGUCAUUGUAGGAGAUCGCCAAUCAUUUUCACCACUAGAGGUUGUUUCCCUUGGGGACUUCUCGUUCGCGAGUCAGCCUGCGCCAUUUUGUAGCGGAUCCAGCUCACAAAAUGGUGGUAGGCGACCGAUUAACCCUGUGAGGACGAGGGAGGCACCAGGGUGCAGAACAGGAGCAGACGCACCAACGGUGAUUCUGUCACUAACACAGCAACAUUGAAGUAUGGAAAGGCACUAGGGGCUCACUUAAACCCCAAUGAGGACUUCACCCCGGGACAUAAAGGUUGUUUAUUCUACAACGCAGAGCCAGAACACCAGGGAGGGAGGACCGACUGCAGCAGCAAGGAACACCAGUGGAGGACCGGAAACAGUAUGUGAGACGAUUCGCGCCAUAGAGAGAAGAGGGGAGGGCUCUCCCUGACUCCCUUGCCCCUUGCUAUUGGUCCUACUGAGAACCACGCACACAUUUGCGGCACAUUGUGUGAAAAGCCCGCACAGAAAGAGAAAAUGGAGGAUGGUCGUGUUCGAGUUGAGAAACUACAGCCAAGGGAUAGCAAGUAGCCGAUUUCGUCUCACAGAGAACGACGUCCAGUUGACUUGACGACGACCUCCAACCCCUUCCUACGUACACCGUACCCUACUGUUCUCCUCGAGCCAUUAUUGACAACAGCAAGGCUAUUUUCAAGGAAGAAGUCCGUCUUUGGAAGGGAAGUUGACGCGAAAUAAAAUGAGAGACAACUGCUGCUUAAAGUGAGAAGAACUCGAGGACCAGACGGUGCAGUUGAACGGAAACUUUGGAAAACUGACAGACUGUGGGAUUUCGUCCAUCACUGGAAUCGUCACUAACUGGGAGAAAUAAUUCAUUCAUCUUCCAGACUGAAAGACCCACAAGCAUUUGGAGACAUCAGGCAGAGGUGGGCAUUCCGCCAGAAGAGACUGAUUCCCGUUUUGAUGACAAAUUCAGAGAAAAACUGUCGGACUAAGUGCGGACGGAAUAGGGUUUUCAUCUGUCAAUAUCCCGAAUUUCUUUGAGAUGAAACGCUUUUUCGGAAAAGCCCUAGUCUUUCUACACUGAAGAAAAGGAAGAGUGCAUAUAUUCCCCGAUUCCUAGAAGACAAUGGCUCAUGAGUGGAAUUCUUAUUUUCAAACUGUCACACCACUGCCAAAGAUGUUGAGGACAUCGGAACCAGAAGGAAGUCUUGCCCAACAUAUCGAGACCUUUGUGGGAGAGGAUGUGUUCUCCAACCCCAUAACUUCACACACUGCCCCUGGAACAGACUCUACAUUUGAUCCAAACUAUUACUCGACUUCUGGUCUUGGAAAUUCCACUUCUGAUUGUGCUUACGAAAACUACUUUGGAGAAACACCAUGGCAAACGGAUGAACAACUCAUGCUCAAGGAUACUUCAUUGAGAUCUGAAGACGAUGGUCAUGAUGAUAUUAAAGACGUGGCCAUGAAUGGAUUGCCUUCAUCAGGACCGUUGCCUCUAUCUUAUUCAGCAGAGUUGCAAGCACUUAAACCAAAUUGUGAACUUUUAGCUUCAUCGCUUCUUGAAGAUUAUUCAGAUGUCAGUAGUUGCUCGGACACAGAUAUAAAUGAAACAAGGCCUUCUUGUAAAUUUAUUGCUCGUCCAACUGGACAGCCUGAAACUGAUUCAUCUUCAAAACGAAGUCCAUCAGAAUGGCUUUUCACACCCCCUGAAAAGUUAACAUUUUCAAGUGAGAUUAAAGCAAAUUGCCUAGAUUCACCAACAUUGAUGGCUGGAGAAAAUACAGCUGAAUCUCUACAAGGGACAAACAAUAGUUUAGUAAAAGAUGAUUGUAGCACACUACAUAAUCAGCCCCCCUCAGGAAUUCCAACCAAAGAGGGAGAGUCCAUUAAGGACUGCAGUGGCAAAGGGGGAGAUCCAAGUCAAGAACAAAAUAAAAAUGUGGAGCACAAUCAAAUUGAAGGACACUAUUCAGACAUCUCUGUAAGUGACAGUGAAAACAUGACCAGCACAGAGAUUCACCCAGAUCAUAUGAAGGAGCAAAGGACUGUUACACCUGAAUGUACAAAAACAUCAAUUGCAAAGAUGAAAGAUGACUGUGCAGUCCAGCACAAUCAAAUUGAAGGAUACUAUUCAGACAUCUCUGUAAGUGACAGUGAAAACAUGACCAGCAUAGAGAAUCACCCAGAUCAUCUGAAAGAGCAAAGCACUGUAACACCGGAACAUACAAAAACAUCAAUUGCAAAGAUGAACGAUGACAGUGGACUGGAGAAAGGAACAGAGGAAACAAAUAAAUCAUGCCCUCUGGAGAAUGAAGUCAAUGACAACCCUAUUGCCUUAGGACAGCCAAAAGUAAAUAUGACAUUGGAUCAAGAGGAUUGCAGUGCUUUCCAUCAAAGUCAAGAAAACAAAUUCGAUUAUUUGGGUCAGGAAAAUAUUACUCCACCAAAGAAAACGGAUAUUGAAUUCUCCAGUGUUCAUGAUGAAAGCAUGGAUAUAGACAACCCGCUAUCAAAUACAGAGGUCAAAUGUCAAGACGGUGAAAUUAAGCCUGACACCCCUCAAUCCGUCGAUUCGCCUGAGUCCAAUUCUAAUAAUGCCACUUGUGAACUGAUGGAAUGCACAAAAAUGCCAGAGACCAAACACCAAGACAUUGGUUCCUGUUUGCAGUUUUCGAAAAAUCAGCCUCUUCUGGACAAUAUUGUUCCAGUGAGUGAUGCCAGUGGCAAGCAGAGUUCAUGCAGUAAUCCAGAUUCUUCUCUAAAUCCAGAUUCCCUAAGAACAGACACUGAUUUGGUUAGCGACAAUUUUUGGAAUAGAAAUAACAAUCCCUGUGUUGAUAUGAUGUCACACUUUCUCCAACAAGCCUGCUCAAGUAUCGACACAAAUAUUUCUGUCAAAGGGGACAUUAUGUGUUUCCAGGAGGAGAAUCAGACAUUCUGUAAAGAUUCAGAUGGUACCGGUGUGGUUCGUGAUGCUACCAUUUUGGAUGAGCAUGUUGAGACCAAAAACGGCUUUUCAAAUUAUAUAAAACCCUCUUCACAGCAGAGCAACUUGAGCAAUGAGUGCUAUUCCAACAAGGAUAAGGAUUUUGGAGAGAGCAUUCCUCAAUGUUCGAAAAAGUCACUUCAAAGUCCAGUGCCCCCAGAAGAAGAACAUGCCAUGGUGUUAUUGGAAGGGAUGGACACUUGCGAGGACGAAAAAUUGAUGCUUGGUGACCGAUAUGGGGAACCUCCUGUGAAAAAACACUGCAGGGACCCUGACCCAAUUAACCUUGAAGAAAAGUGUACUGUCCAACCAAUCGCCAAUGGCUUGGAUGAGUCAAAAGAACAAGGUAGUACUCUGAUCUCCUCUUUCCAAAUGAGGAAACGACUACAGCCUGUUGUAAUUAUGAAUCAAAUGGAUCCUGCACCAAGUCAUUCGUACCAAUGUGCAGUUUGCCAACAAAUAACCCACAGUGCGGAUCAUCUAAUUGAACACCAUCACCAUCAACAUUCAAACCAAAUCUUCCAAUUUUGCAAAACAUCAAAUCAAUACCUAAUGAGUAAUGGACAGGCAGACAAAGACGAGUAUGUGAGCAGCAAAACUGAAGAACCUCACCCUGUUUCAGUUUUUUCACAUAAAAGAAAACUCCAUCAUUGUACCAUUUGCAAUUUGACAUUCUUUAAAAUAAUCAAGUAUGUGCAGCACAUGCGUUGUCACACUGGUGAAACGCCUUACAAGUGUGAUGGAUGCGGUUUAUAUUUUGCACAGAAUGGCUCCUUAGCUAGACACAAGAGUAUCCCUGGUAGAUGCAAGAAUUCCAAACCACAAAAUCCCAUCGCAAAAUCAAGUGACCAUGAAGCUAUCAAGCUAGGUAUAUGGGAAACCAAUAUCCAACCAUCACCACCACAAAAAGUUGAUAAUGACGGGACACUGCUCGAAACUCUGCCUCGAUGUUACAUUAAUUUGUUUGACAUCUGCACAGCUAAUGUAUGUAUCUAUUGUGGCAAGCAAUACUCAACGCCGAAGAAAGUCAAGAAGCAUAUUUAUAACAUGCACAAAGGAAAUUCUCCAGGUGUUUGGCAAAAUCCCACUUCCAUGAAAAUAGGUAAAAUAACAAACAAGGGGCCCUGGAAAAUGCAUUUUGUGAAAAAUGAAAAUAUUGAACAUGAGAUAUCGCCUAAACAUAAAUGCCCGCUCUGUCCACGACUUUUCAGGCACGCAAUUAACAGAGCGAAACAUUUACGUGAUUGUGUCAGACGGGCUGUUUAUGGUAGCAAGGGAAAGGUUGGUGACAAAUUCAAAUGUCCAUUGUGUCAUUCUACAUUUACUCAGCAGAAAAAUAGAUACAGACACAUUUACAAUAGCUGCUUCAGUAAAACUCUUAAUCAAUUAAAAGAAUCAGUACAAUCAGAGCAAAGCGUUGCUAACAAGAUAGAGUUGACAAUGGCACAGGAACACGUGACCAUAGAAAACAACCAGAUGCAAUCCAAUUUGACAGUCCCUAAAACUAAACAGUCUCACAAAUGUGGUGUCUGUUCAGCAGUUUUCCAGCAAGUGUCAGGACUCUGCAAACAUGUGAAGAGACAUGAGUUUAAAAUUACAGGCAGAAUGAUCAAGUAUAAGAUCAAGUCCAGCAACUCAAAGAUGGCACCUUUAGGAGAAACAAAGACUGAGGAGACGGAGAACGAUGUUGAGAAAUCAGAUGAGAUCAAUGUCUCCCUGAGCUGUCAGUAUUGUGAAAAAAACUGUGACACGGAACAAUCAUUGAAGAAACACGAGCGGUGUCACAAAGGUGAAAGGCCAUACCGCUGUCUCAAAUGUGGAAGAGGGUUCAAGAAGAGAGUCUACCUUAUGAGUCACGAGGUUGUCCAUCAGAAUGUCCAGUGCACUCUUUGCUGGAAGAUUCUUCCAAAUGCCAGAAAACUUGUCCACCAUGUGAAAUUACAUCAUAAAGGGAAACCUUUUCCAUGCCCCAACUGUCAAAAGCAGUUUUUGAAUCCUACAGAGAUCCUUUAUCAUCUAAAAUCACAUCAAAGGGAAGGGAAGGCAUCGCCUUUGGACGGGGAACUAUUGAAGUCCAUUAAAUCCGAACCAGAGCCAGUUCAACAAAAGGCACUACAGUGUUCCCUUUGUAAAGAAGUCUUUCAUGAUGCCGACUCACUAAAGAAACACAGUCUUACACACAUAUCUUCAUGUCAAUGUCCAUAUUGCAAUCAGAAGUUCAAAGCCCGUCGUUAUUUGCUACUUCACAUCUCCAAACAUAAAGGAGUGAAACCGUAUUCCUGUACUUGGUGUGGAAAAAGUUUCUAUCAAAAAACAAACCUGGAAAAUCACAUGGAAUGGUGUGUGCCGACUCAAAACCAGGAGCAUUCCGGACCCAAAGUCCAUAAGUGUUCAUAUUGUCCCCGAACAUUUUUAAAAAGAAUGCGCCUGCUGGCUCACAACAACGGCCACAAGUUCAAUACUCUGCGAGUCUGUACCAAUUGUGGGAUGUACUUUGGUCCGAAUCAACUUGGUCAUCAUAAGAGCAUAUGUGGAGGGACCCCACAACCCAACAAUGACGUAUCUUCUCAUGACGAUGCCUGUCAAAACAUUCUGCAGAAAAGCCAGACUAUUAGUAAAAGCCCUCCUACUUCCAGUGCACCAAGGAUGCUUCCAUUUAAGUGUCCACACUGUACAGAGAGGUUCAGGUUCAGGUCAUUACUUUUAAAGCACACCGUUUCACACACUGCUGUACAUUGUAAUGAACGCUUUGCAUCCAGUGCAUUGCAGUUGCAGCAUGAAGGACGCUGUAAGGUUUCCAAGGAAGAGGAAUCAAACAUGAACAGUGAGGUUUCGCGAGAAACGACAAACAUCCCGGCUUGUAUGGAGGAAACGCAGAUAUUCCUCGAAAAAGCUGGCAAUGAAUACAAAUGCAAAUUCUGCACCAAGACAUUUGUGAAGCCACGAAGUCUGCGACGUCAUAUUUUGACUCAUAAUGAAGUGAAUCCCUACCGCUGCAAAACCUGUGGAAGCUCCUUUUCAAGGUAUGACUAUCUAAAGGUACACCAUUCUCAUUGCAAAGGAAAACGAUUGCAGUUGAAAAUCUGCAUUCCCAAAAUCAGCUUGGAUGAUGUUGGCAAGGGCUGGCGAAACAGGUUUGCCAAUGAACCAGUCAAACGGCAGGAGGGAUUUGACUGCAAUGUUUGUUCCAGGAGCUUCCCAACUCGGUCUGGACUGUCCCGCCAUAUCACAAUAUUGCAUACUGUCAAAUUGUUCAGGUGCCCACGUUGUUAUUCAGGGUUUACGCAUGAAAAAUCUCUGAUGCACCACAGAAAAUAUAAAAAAUGCCCAAAAGUAUCCAGAAAUCAAGAUUCUACUCCACGACCGGAUUGUCUGCCAUCAGAAAAUGUUCGCCACGCACUCGGUGAGGAAACACCUCCGCCCAAGCUCAAGCGUCGUUCAAGCAAAAAGUACAAGUUUCCCUGCAGUUACUGCCCUCUUGCCUUUGAAAGGAGUGCACAGUUAGAGACACACACCCGUUUACACACAGGCGAGAAACCAUUUGCGUGCGAUUGUGGCCUGCGAUUCAUCCGGAAGGACUACUUAAAACGUCAUCGCCUAAAGUGCACCGUCAAACUUUGUAAAACAUGCGGUGUCGCGUUCCCAGAAAAAGAACUGAAAGAUCAUCAGACAACUUGUACUUCAAAAUCAUGCCAAUCAACAAAGUGGGAAGAACCUUCUCAAAGCCUUACUAAAGGAUUUUCGUGUGCAUACUGUUCUUUACGUUUUUCUUUAUUUUCACAGCUUCAGGAACAUUUUUUAAAUGCACACAAACUGGAAACGAGUGAUUCACCAGGGUCUGCCGCUCCUCUUCAACAUCAUCUUUCAAAAUUACGAACCGCGAAAGAUGAUCGGCAUGACAAACACCCCAGCGAAGGUACAAAUUUGACAUGUAAACUAGAUACUGCACUCGUUGGUGAUGUUUCUGAAUCACUAGUGUGCCCAGUCUGCAAUAUGUCCUUUGAAAACAAGGCUGGACUAAAGGGUCAUUCUCGUGUGCACGCAAAAGAGAGCCCUUACAAAUGCAAAACAUGCAAGAAAGGCUUUUGGAAUAAAAAUCUACUGCGCAACCACAACAGGAAAUGCAGGUUUGGCUAUUUCGCUCCAAGAGAUACAGAUCAGAAGCCGGAAUCCCCCCUGAAAGCAGACCGUAAUCUGACACUGCCCAAUUCCGUUCUCGUGUUCAAAGAUGAGGCACAGACAGACACUGGAGUUUUGCAGAGAAGGUUCUCAUGCAAAGGUAAUUCAAAGGAGUAUCCGCAAAAUCCAGAUGAAGAUCCGAAGCAACGCAAUCCAAAAAAAGAUAAAGUGGUUCAGUACCAAUGUUCAGAGUGUGACUUGAGCUUCACCGAUGGCUUGAUGUUGAUCAGUCACCUUGAAGAACACGGGAGAGAGGAGCAAGCGAAUAAAUGCAUUUCCUGUUCAAAGUGCCGUCGUACUUUUUCAAGUGCCACAGAUCUUGAAAAACACAUGAAAAGUCAUGGUGUCACCAAGAAUUUAUCUUGUACAUUGUGUCCCAAGUCAUUUUACACGUCAUCAGAUUUGGAAAUCCACAAAUCGUACCAUGACUCAAACAGACCAUUUGCUUGUCAACUGUGUAAUCACAGGUUUUGGUCAAGGCAAUCUCUCUGCUAUCAUUACAAUGAAGAGCAUCUUGACCAGUCAUUUGCUUGUCGUUUCUGUAAAAAGACCUAUGCCACCAAAAAGUCUCUCCAAAGACACUGCAGAAAAUGGCACCUGAAAGAGCAAAAGAACUCUGAAAGCAGUCUUGAGCAGGAACCUGUUGUGACUCAUGAAAGCGACGGGGAUGGAAGUAGUAGUGAGGACAGUGCCUCAGAAUCUGCGCCUUACUUCCCUUGCCAUGUGUGUGGAAAGACAUUCCCAACUUCAGAAAAACUGGAGGAUCAUCAAAAAUGUCAUCUCGGUGAAAAGCCACAUGAAUGUGCGGAAUGUGGCAAAUGUUUUUUCCAGGCCUCCCAGUUGGAGCAGCACAAACGCAUGCAUAAGUCUGAGUUACAGUGUCAGGUGUGCGGAAGAGGGUUUGUGUCCCUCUUUGCCCUGCGAAAACACAAACAUAGCCAUGGCAAGAGUCGUCCACACCGUUGUUCCAGAUGUCCACUGAGCUUCUCAGGAGCCUCCCAGUUAGCAGAACACAUGUCUACACACAGAGAAGAAAACUUUCCCUGUGACAUAUGCAAUCAAGUGUUCCCUUCCAAGACAAGUAGAGCUGAUCACAGAAAAGAACACGGAGUUUCAAUUGCACACCCCUCACCUUUCCCUGAGAAGUCAUCUUCUGUCUCUCAUAGUUGCCCAGCGGAAACCCUGAAAUACCAUUGUGGUAAUAAUGAGCGCUUCAAUGUCCGAGAGGACCUCUCGGAUCAUGGUUCCAAGAUCCCCGAGGACCGGCCAUAUUCCUGUUCUGAUUGCGAUAAACAUUUUCUUCACUCAUCUGAUCUGAAACGGCACAGGGUCAUCCAUCGAGAGUCAACGUCUGAUAGGGAAUAUUCGUGUACUCGCUGUAAUACAACUAGUUCCUCCCUUGAGCACUUCCUCAGCCAUCUGAAGACCCAUGAAAAUGAGCUUCCUGCACCUGGAAAUAACACUGAUGGUUACACAUGUCCCAUUUGCAGCCAAUCAUUUCUUAAGGCCAGAGACUUGAUUUCCCAUGUUCCUGUUCAUUCUCCGGAUGCGCCGACAUGCACAAUGUGCAAAAUGACCUUUUCUUCCAAAAAUGAGUUUGAGGAACACGAGCAGAGACAUCAUCAUUCUGUUUCAAAAUUUGAAUGCAAGCGGUGUGACAAGAGAUUUGCGGGAAGUGAUGCCUUCCAUCAGCACUCCUGUUCCCAUAAACAGGAACAAAUGGUGGUGACUGCAGGCAAGUCGGGGCCAGAAAAUAAACAUCAACGGGCUGGGGAGGAUGAAGAAAUUGAUGUCACUGGAGAGGAAUUGUACAACUGCAGCACUUGCUCAAUGCAGUUCUCUUCAAAAAGUUUUCUCUUGGAGCAUCAAAACAAAAUACACAUAAAAGAAAAGCUUUUCAAAUGCAAACAUUGUACAAGAUCCUUUGCCCUCUGCCAUUCCCUUCGACGACAUGAGAUUGAGGUCCACAUGAAAGGGGCUCAACCAGCACCACAAACCAAGCUGAAAUGUCCCCAGUGCUCUUCUAAAUUUGACACGGCCCAAGAUCUUUCAUUGCACUUGAGAUUGCAUGCUGAACAAGAAGUUGGACAGCACCGCUGCGAUAUGUGCUACAAGUCAUUUUCACACUCUUCUCAGCUUCUGCGGCAUCAAGAAAGCCAUGUUGGCCAAAUAGUUUAUGAAUGCACCGAAUGUGACAAGGCCUUUGCUUUCCCUCACCUGCUAGAGGAGCAUCGACACACGCAUGCUUAGCUUUCAAAAGAAUGGACAAUAUAUAACAUGUCCUCAAUACUCCUUCAAAAACUUAAUCAUACAGUGUCUGAUUGGGCCUCCAACAAUAUUUGUGUCAAUCCCUCUUGAACUUGUAAAUAAGUGUACUUAUAUUUACAAGUGAAAAUAUAAAUUAUAUUGUAAAUAUAAAUUCCAUUGUUGCACUUUGCAAUGAUUACAUUGUUCAAAUGUUCUUGAUGCUAUUUGUUCUUAUACUGUUCAUGGAGUCUCUCAUUUUGAACUAUAAAACUGUAUAUUGUAAAAAUAAUACUGGUAAAAGGAUUCAAUAUUUUGAAGUUUUAAAAGCUUCAUUUUCAAGGCAUUGGAAGUUGUUUUUCGUACGUUCUCUUGACUGUGAUCUCAUUGUAUGCCUCGUCUUGUUUUGGUCAAUACUUUUGUCAUUUUAGUUCAUAUUUGUUUGCAAUUGAGGAAACGUGUACACUCAUUCCACAUGUGAAUUAAAGUAUCUGGCCUGAA